UCUGCCACUUCUUCUGUCUGCCUCCUCACAGGUCAGUCGAUUCUCCUGCAUAAGCCACUGAGAGUGAAAAGCUGAGUUUACCCGAUCUUUUUUCGCAUUACCUGAGCGAGGGGAUGCCCUGCCUGCUCUCUGAAGCUCUGGAAUCCAUGGAGUCUGGCAGCGGAACUCCCGGGGCAUCCCUUGAUGCGGGCUCACGGAAGUCCCUCCGCACGGAGACGGUGAGGGAGAGGCCGAUGGUCCAAGGGAUGGGCUGGUUCUUCUCCCCGCUGUGGACUCCGCGCUCCAAGUCGCGCAGCAAGACGUUUGGAGAAGGGAUGAGGAGCGACCAAGUGAAGGCCUGGUUAGAUGACCACUCAGACUUCACCAGGGCGUACUUUUUACGCAGAGCUUCAGCGAUGAGUCCACAGCCUGAGAUGUCCCCACUGCCGCGCAGGGUUUCCAGGAGCAGCUCUGAGCACUCUGGCCUCGUCAUGAAGGCUCUUCACCGCAGAUCUUCCUCUCCGACGACCAGCUCACACCUGAACAGCUCAUCUUUAACUGACAGGACCAAAUCUCUCACUUCCAAUCUCAGCAGCCGCGAAUGGGUGGAUCAAUUCUGUCAAGACGCACUCGGAAGUCACCGCCCUUGCUUUCCAUCCCACUUCUCUUGUUCCCCCUGCCAUCCACUUUCUCCCAUUUGCCCCUGCUCUCCAGAUGUGCCCCAGUCUCCACAACUUCUGACGCCCACUGCUACAAAGACUACCGUUUGCGGUAGUGGUGAAGGCUGCCCGUGGAUGAUGGAGCUCCUGGGAGGAGGCCUACAAUGGAUGGGUUCUGUAGCGGAGCUCUGCCAGGAGGCUGUUGUGCAUAUUGGGGAACUGCUGGCCCCUGAGGGCAGCUGCCUCUCCCUCGUGAGGAAAGACUGUGGUGGAAGAAGCACCUUGGAGGAGGUGGUAGCCCUGACAUCACCGGGCCGCUUGAGCGAGGGCAACCUGUACAGCAAUGCACAUCUAGAGCUGGUGAAGAGUAUCAUGGGAUGUGUGUUGGCGACAGGUUCACCAAUGAACCUGAGAGAUACGCCCGAGGACCCAAGAUUCAACUUACAUAUUGAUCAGUCAUCAAAGAUCAGGAGUGUUUUGGGUGUUCCCAUGAAGAACCACUGGAGAGAGGUGGUAGGUGUGGUGGUGAUGAUCAACAAAAGAAGUGGCUGCGAUGGAUCACCUUCUGGUUUUACAAACAUGGAUGAAAAGGUGAUGUCCAAUCACAUGGAUGUGUUGGGGAUGGUGCUGGAUAAUGUCCAGCUGUAUGAGAGCUCCAGACAAGAGGCUAAACGCAGCCAGGCCUUGAUAGAAAUGGCACAGGUAUUAUCAAAAGAACACCAGUCCUUUGAGGUUCUACUGAGUAAGAUGGCUGCCACCAUCAUGCCCUUCACACAUGCUCAGUACUGCACCAUCUUCAUCCCCAGCAAGCAAACUUCAGUCACAGAAGACAACAUUUCAUUCUCACGAGUGAUACACUUGGAGUGUGAGGAGCUCGGAUCAACUUGCCAGAUCUACAGAAGGGAGCGUGACAUCAGCGAUAUAGAUCCAACGUAUGCCUUACAAACAUUGAUGGCCAUGGAAACACUUAACAUGUCAAAGACUUCUGAGGAAUCAGUAAUGAGCCUCAUCUGCUGCCCUGUACGAAAUGAAAGGUCUGAAAAUGUUAUCGCUGUGUGCCAGCUGAUGAACAAACAGAGCAGAGAUUCAGAUGAGAUGGAAGCCUUUAACCGAUAUGAUGAACGCCUCCUGGAAGACCUGGCAGUGUACUGUGGCCUGGCUCUACAGUACGCUCAGGCUGUCCAGAUCACAGAGGAGCGGAGGGCCAGUAUAGAGGUCACACAGGAGGUUCUUGCAUACCAUAUCACGGCAGCAGAGGAGGAAAUCCAGGCACUGCAGGAGGCUAUGAUUCCCUCUGGUGAAUCAUUGAAUAUUUUCGACUUCCAUUUCUCUGGUUUUGGCCUCCCAGAUGACCUGACCACUCAGGCCACCAUUCGCAUGUUCCUAGACCUCAAUUUGGUGCAGGAUUUUAACAUCGAUUACAAGAGUCUCUGCCAGUGGGUUCUGACUGUGAAACGUGGUUACAGGAACAGGGUACCUUAUCACAACUGGAACCAUGCACUGAGCACUGCUCAAAGCAUGUUUGCGAUGCUCAUGGCCACAGGCCAACUACAGACUAUAUUUUCCCGUCUGGAGAUCCUAGCAUUGAUGAUAGCCACUCUGAAUCACGAUCUCGACCACAGGGGUGUUAAUAAUUCCUACAUAGAAAGGACUCAGCAGCCUUUAGCUCAGCUGUAUGGACACUCUUCUCUAGAGAACCACCACUACAACUUGUGCCUCUUCAUCCUAAACAACACUGGGAGUCAGAUUCUCAGCGGUCUGUCUACAGAAGACCACAAAACUGUACUACACUUGAUCAAAAGAGCGAUCCUCGCCACUGACCUGACUGUCUACAUGGAGAGAAGAAAAGAAUUCUUCAGUCUUGCCAAGAAAAAGAGAGUGAGCUGGAAGAGCGAGAAACAGCGAGAUCUGCUGAGAUCAAUGUUGAUGACAGCAAGUGACCUCUCUGCUAUUACAAAGCCGUGGCCUGAACAAAGACGGAUUGCCAACCUGGUUGCCAAAGAGUUCUUUGCACAAGGGGAUAAAGAGAGGGAGCAGUUCAAAAUUGAGCCCAUAGAUGUGAUGAACAGAGAAAACAGCACUCGACUGCCAAACAUGCAAGUUGAAUACAUUGAUGAGAUCUGCUAUCCGCUCUAUAAGACUGUAUCAGGACUCUUCAACAGCUGCUCUCCGUUGCUGAGUGGUUGUAAGAAGAACAGGGAAAACUGGCUGCAGCUCGCUGAGGAGGCAGAGGAAGACAACAAUGAAAACAGCAGUACUGUAACCUUCGAGACACAUAAAAGCAUUGAUGAAGAGACCCAGACUGAGGAAUAAAGACUGGACAGAAGAUGAAGACAAUGACUUUGGAAGCAAAAAGAAAUCUCAUGCUGCACCUCAUCCUCUCCUGGACACAUCUUAACCAAACUAUGAUCUGAUGCCUACACAGCAGAAUUUGGAUGAAGAAGUACGUCAAUGUACAAUUGUAACCAAUGUAAAGCUUGUCACCAAUAUGAAGUCCAACACUGAUGUGUUUCCUGGUCAUUAAAACUAUGAACGUCUGCUAAAUUAAUUAAAUCAUUUUUAUACCAUAUAUGUACACUUUUAUCUAUGCAACACUUAGUUUUACAAAUUCAUAUCCAGAUUUGCAAAUGCAUACCAAGCUUUUGAAAUGUGUGUAGAUUUUAAAAUGUACAAAAAUGUUUCCUUAAUCCUUACAUGUUAUUAAAUUUGUACAAUUAUUUUGAGAUGUAUGUUUUAUUCACCUUUUGAUGCACUCUGAGAUUAGAUUUUACAAAUGUGUUGUUUUUAUAUAUACAUUUUUAAAUUAUGAUUAUUAUUGAUAUCUUCUACUAUGCAAUCAGCAGUUACAGCCUGAACAUUUAUAAAACCUGGUCACAAGUCAUUGCUGGUCUACGAGCCUCGUGACUACAGCCUUUUGAAGGAUUUUGAUAGUUUAGUGUCAGAAUUACUUGGUUAGCUGAAAAUUCAGAAAAAUACAUUUCAUGUAAUUUUCAGUUUAUGAUAAUAAAAAGUUAGGGAAAAAUAUGUCAUUUGCCACACAUAGUACAAUAUGCAUUUUCAAAAUAAUGUCAUGUAAUGUAUUACAGUAUCGUUGCCACUUUAUCUGUACAGCUUUAGAGCUAAUAGACAUCAAGAUUUGUCAUAAAUCAAUAAUUUAAAAAAAAUCAUGAGGAAUAAAAGGCCAGAAAAGCCUUACAUUAAUUCAACAUUCCCUUUUAAAGUGAUGUUUGGAACAAAUUUUCAUCAUUGACUGUUUCAUCGAGUGUAUUGAGGAUAUCUCACUUUAUUUUGAAAUGCUU